AUGGCCCCUCAGACGGUGGCCUGCCUCGGAGGUCCCUGCAAAGAGGGCCAGGACAGCAUCCCGUUUCUGACUCCUCACCCCAAUCUGGAGAUCCCCAUCCCGGAGCUGAGGCAUCAAACCUCCUCCGUGGCUCAGACCAAGCGUGCAAAAGGCAAAUGGGCAGCGUCAGCCCUGGCAGCCCUGGCUGGCCUGUCAUGUAUUAUUCAUGAACGCUCGGGCACACGGCUCUCUGCACCACUGGCCGUCACACUCGGCACGCUCGGGCCAGAGAGGAACUCUCCCACGGCCUCGUCCUUCGUGACAUUUUCGCUUUAUGCGCCGCCGCUGCGCUCCUAUUCUUCUGGGGAAGGAAGGCUCCCUCCUAAGCAGGUGUUAGCUGGUUCGAGCUCCCCAAGGGAAUGGCGUCUGGAGAGGAGAUUGAGUGCUGCGGGAGGCUUUAUAUGCAGCAGGCGCGCGCCGCCGCUUAAAGGAUGGAAACAGACGUCUGUGUGCUGGUUGGGUGAUAGCAGUCAAGUAACAGAGCAAGGACCCAGCAGUGUCCAGGCGGCGGAGUUCGGCCACCUGCCCGACAACCUUACUGUGCUGGAAGGAGAAAGCGUCAUUCUGAGAUGUAAGAUCGAUGAAGAAGUUACCCACAAAGCCUGGCUGAACCGCUCCAACAUCCUGUUCGCGGGGACGGAUAAGUGGUCGCUGGAUUCGCGGGUGUCUCUGGUCAACAGUAACGACAGCGACUUCUCCAUUCAGAUCGAGCGUGUGGCCGUGACGGACGAGGGCCCGUACACGUGCAGCUUCCAGGCGCGGAACCAGCCCCGCAUUGCACACGUCUACCUCAUCGUCCAGGUGCCAGCCAGGAUAGUGAACAUCUCUCAGGAUAAAUCGGUCAACGAGGGCGACGACGUGAACCUGUUCUGCCUGGCGGUGGGGCGGCCCGAACCCACCAUCACCUGGAAGGACUUCAGAUAUGGCCGCAUUUAUGAGGGAGAGUUCCUGGACAUCACGGAUAUCAAACGACAUCAGGCCGAAGAGUUUGAAUGCAUCACCAACAACGGUGUGGCCCCACCGGACACACGUCGUGUCAAGGUCACAGUUAACUAUCCACCAGUAAUUACAGACGUGAAGAAUAUGCCAGCUCAAUUGGGGAAGUCGGCCAUCUUGCGUUGUGAAGCCAUGGCUGUACCUACUGCAGUCUUUGAGUGGUACCGGGAUGACCGGAGGCCGGUGGAGAGUGACAACACGCUGAAGAUUAAAAAUGAGAAGACGCGCUCCCUGCUGCUCUUCACCAACGUCACGGAGAAACACUUCGGCAACUACACCUGCUUCGCCUCCAACCGCCUGGGGGCCUCCAACGCCAGCAUGCUGCUCCUCAGGCCUGGGGCAGUGUACGGCGGGGGGGCGCCGCUGAGUCCCUGCGUUUCGGGACUGGGCUUGUGGCUGGGCCUCUCCGUCUCCAUCCUGAUGAAGGUCUAAAACUUCGCCGCCUCGGAAAAGGAGUCUUUAAUUACGAACCCAUCACUGUGAACAAAAAGAAUUAUGCAUUAACCCAGGAGCCAUCGCUACAUCACAUAAUCACCCCCUCCCUCCCUCUCUCCCUCCUUCUCUCAUCUCUCUCUUUACCCACUCAUCCGCCACACUCAUCAUCAGCAACUACUCCUCUUCCACACUAGCCAAUGCCUCUCCCUCUUCUCCAGUGAAGGUCACCUUUUUCGAUGUUCAUAGCUGUUAUGUGAUGACAAUACAACGGUAAUGCUACGAAUGCUAAAUGUGAGGCCGCAGUAUGUAAUGAAUGGAAUUAUAGCUGUUAUGUGACGACAAUGCGACAGUACAACUACGGUAAUGCUAAAUGUGAGGUUACGGUGUAUAAUGACCGGCUGUUGUGUGACUGAGGUUGACCUUUUUUGUGUGACGAAUGUCAGUAAUGCUACAAAUGCUAAAUGUGAAACCACAGUAUACAACGACUUGAAUCAUAGCUGUUGUGUGACAACAAUGCAAAACGAAUGCUACAAGAUAUAAUGGCUGGGUAUACAGCUAUUAUGUGACGACACGAUAGGUAAUGCUACGAAUGCUAAAUGUGAGGCUAUGGUAUAUAAUGACUGGAAACAUUGUUUUCAACUUGUGUUGUCUCGUCUUGGUGUGCGCGUGCUGGGCAUGCUGUUCGAUGUGGUUGUACAUUGGUGACAAAAGUGAAGUUUAUGAGGAGGGCGAUGAUGAUGGUGAUGAUGAUGAUGAUGAUGUUGAAGGUCUGGUGACCCUCUCUAUACCUGUCUGUGGCUGUUCACCAGCAGGCCCCGUCGGGCCUUCGCCUCUCGGACUCCAGCCCAGCCAUCUGAGCGUGCCGAAUGAUGUCAAAACUCACCCUUACUUCCUGCGCUAAAGGGUCAACAAUGGAGGAAGUGGGGGGAGGUCAUCGUCUUUCUUCCCUUUCUCUUGCAUUUGCUGGAAGUCUUGACCCAGGGCAAAGCAUGUGACCCCAGUCCGGCCUUCCAAAUCCCUCCUCCUCCUCCUCCUCCUCCUCCGUCUCUUCACUAACACAUUACCAACGUUGACCCUUUUUCACCUCCAGUGUAAAUAUUAUAUGCAGUAGAGGCAGUCCCAUAUCGCCAGAAAAACAAAACAAAACAAAAAAACUACACUUCCCAUCAGCCUCUCUGUUUCAGUGUUUUCGGCUUGGAGGUUAUGUUUCCGGCAUCCCCUGUCCAUGAAAAGCUGUCGAUCACUCUUCCUUGUCGCUUGUUGAUAGCAUGUACUGGUUAGAGCUGUUUCCUGUUGUGACGUCCAUCCAAUGCCCCAAUGCCCCUUCUUCUCGUCCCACCCCCGCCCCCUCCCGUAGCCCCUCCCCUGCACUGUGUACAUUUAAUCUGCAAGGUUAACUGCUAAUUACUUUUUUGGUGUUAAUAAUGAUGAUGACGAUGACUAUGAUGAUGUUAAUAAGUAUUUGAAUAGACAUGAUGAUGGUGAUGAUAAUUACAUGUGAGGAAAAAAAAAACAAGAAAAAAAAACAACAACAGAGCCACGUGUGCGAAAAUAUUUUGUACUUUGCUCUGAUAAACCGCAUUCAUUGAAACAGAAAAAAAAAUAAUAAGUUGAGUUUUUGCAAAGUCUUGUGCUCUAUUUUGCCAUGACAAGCUUUUUAACAGAAGUGGUUUGACUCGAGUCAAGUCACUCGCAAAGGGAGCAAUCAAUGAAAUGUAAUAUAAUUUGUAAUGUGUAUGUAUUCAAAGUUUGUUUGUUUUUUUGUUUUUUUUUCCUUUUUUUAAGGCUCUGUACAGUGUCGGAUGUAUGAUAAUCCAUUUUCGCUGUAACAUUUUCACGUCCAUCCCAAUGACACAAUCAAAAACUCUCACAGCAUUAGUGCCCCCCUUCCCACCCGUUCCCACAACCAGAGAACCAGAUUAGUGGAAAAUAGAGAUGUAAUUAGCUAGAGAGUGCGGCUGGCCAGGCGAAGGGACCGCAGCGUCCUCCUCGUCUCUCCAUCUGCUGCAGGACAGGGCUCAUAAAUCAAGCUCAAUCCAGCCGCUGACAGGAUCCUCUUCAAGGACGGUGGCGCCUCGGCAUGCCGAAUCUUAGACCCCCACAGACUAAUUAACCGCCACUUAACAGCGUAUGGCGAAGACGCUGCACCAAGUAUUCAGUGGUGUGUAGCUUAAAGGGCCCAACUAAUGGAAAAACAUAUUUUCCUUUGAUAAAUCAAUAGUACAUGUCUUUUUUUGACGUUUUGUGUUAAGAUGUAAUGUUCUCUUGACCACAAGUUUAACUUGAAAAUGAAAGUAUGAAAGUGGUCCAAUGUCUGCUACACAUGCUAAGGACCAUUUUUUUAAGAAAUGAGUUUGAGGUACUAUAUAAACAUUGUUACAUUUUCAAAAGUGCAAAAAAACAGCCUCAUGGUUGUGAUGUCAGAGCCAUCAAGAUAUUUACAUAGGACCACAGCAGCCCCAUGCAUUCACUGAAGUGAUGGGGAGUGUCGUUUCUACAGACAAUCUGUUGCAGAGUUAUAGAAGUGGAAGCGAUUAAACGUUGUGCUGUUCCUGGCUGUUGGGAGGGAAUGCAGCCUUUUGAAGGAUCCAUGCCUCUGAAAGUUUGUUUCUUUCCACAGCUGGUAACACUGUUUUGAGUGGUGCUUUGUAGAUGAUUAGUAAACUUUUAACAGUGUAUCAGUAACACAUCAGUAAAGAAGCAGUAGCCCAGCAUAUGAAUACAUUGAGGUAAAUAUCUUUACGUUCUUACUUACAUUAAGUGGAUGUAUUGUUGAUAUGUUACCUGAAGUAGACUUAAUAUGGUACUUCCAGUAAGCAAAACCUAAGCCUCACCCUAACCAAAAACCUAACCUUAAUCACAACCCAAAACCUAAUCCAAACCCACACCCUGGCCCUAAUCCUAACCCUAACCCUAAC